AUGGAUCCCGAAUCUUCCGACAGCGAUGUUUCGGUCGGCGGAGGAGAUGAAUACAGAUAUGCUAGUCCUUUGACGGCGCCCAUUCCGCUUCCAGCACCUCCUUCGAAGCAUGCGUUGGAAUCAGCCGACGCCGUUCAGGCACGACUGGACGAAUUGAGUCGGGUCGAAACCAACAACGAGAAGAAGUACAGUCUGCUCAAGGCCAAACGCCAGCGCAAGGAUGACAAGAUUCGGCGCAAGCGAGAAGCUCAGGACAAGAAAUGGCUCGCCAUCACCGAGGCUCGCAAACGUCGAGACGCCAGGAUCGCCGCGCGACGUAAGCGCGAAGAUGCGGCCUUCACCCAAUUCUUUGAACAUGAUCUGGACGAGGAGGAAACUAACCUCCGUAGACGAUUGAAGCGGCUCAAGCGAGGCCUCCCCCUCGAUGAAUCACCCAAAGCGAGCACAAGAAGCGUUUCAGGACCAUCAAUGUCCCCUCCGGCCUCCUUGUCCACCAUCCCACCACCGGCCAAGAGACAUCAGGUUGGUCCCCCUGGCCAGCCCGAUUCGGUCAACUCGGCACAAUCACGACCGUCGCCUCAAUCCAACAUGCCAGGCUCGAGUACCAAGUCCAGCUUGCCUGGUCCGCCAUACUCGUUUUACCGCGAUCCGAAUUCGGCGUUCUCCAGGCCGUAUCAACAUGGAUCUUAUUCUUCCUCACCAAAUGGGCAGUCACCCACCACGGGGACAAACAGACUUCCUGAUCCAGCACCAGCCCCGCCUAGCCAUGAUCGACCUCUGGGGAUUUUGGGUCGGGCCACUUCUCCUCGUCCAAGACCAUCCGGAAAUGCCCAGUCUCCCUUGACCCCUGGGUCCAGUACGAAUACCCAGCCGCCCCGGCAGACAUCGUCGAGCUAUGACACCCGCCCACCGCCUACCAAUACGGGUUCCGGCUUCGCCUCGAUCAACGCCCCUCCGUCUGGAUUUGCCUCGAUCAAUGCACGACCGACUAGCACACCGCCCGCUGCGCACACUCCAAUGACUCGACCGCAAACCGAAGGCGACGUAAAUAGAACCCCAAUCGGUUCUCACCCGAACGGUGGUCUGGAUAAGGAUCGGUUUCAACAGUACGGACAUACUCCAACAGGUGUUCCGUCCCCGGGCACUUCAAAUAGUGGAAGUAAGCGUACGCCCUCGACGACUCACCCAUACCAAAUGUCCGAAGCUUUUGCCAAUAGACAUCACCACUGUGAGAGGGUCGACAGUCUAAAUCGAGGAAUCUGGACCUCUUACGGGCCUGGAGGCACGGCUGAAAAUCCGACCAGCGCAGCUGUGGAGAUGUAUCUUCGUUGCAACCACGACAACUGCUCUCGGAUCGAUUGGCGCACUGUCCAUGGCCUGCAAUGCCACAUUGUGAAGAACCAUUCGCAACCCAAGGGGACCAUCGGAAGCCUGGAUAAAGCUCUGGAGCGUUAUGGUAUACCCGUCAAGGAAGUUGAGGACUAUGAGCGUGAACACGGAAACGGCUCGGCGGGCACCAUGGCAGACCCCAAGAACCACAAGAUCAAGGUCAAGACGAAAGAGGCCACGGGUCUGGAGACGAGACCAUAUGUCCGCAAAGACACUCCUGGGGUAUACGAUCCAGAUGCGAGACCGGCAGGUUACAGGCCCAGCCCCGCAGAGAGUCCUGCACUGAGCGACGACAUCAAGCAAAGCCCGACUGUCAGCAUGAAUGGAUUCUCAAGAGAAGCAACCACGGAGGAGUCGCGGAGGCCUCCAUCACAAACCACAACUGCGAGCCCGAUGAAUACCUAUUCUUCGAGUAGUAAUUGGUAUCGGAAUCCUUUCCCCGGUGGAUUACCACCACUUCACGCAGACCUCGAGCCAAAGAGGUUGCAAGGUGACUUUGGAGCAAGCGAGGCGGCCGUCAAAAGCUCACAGCCACCUCCACUUGGCCAUCAUCAUCAGCAGGCUGGAUCUAAUUUGGCGAAUGGUAUUCAGAACAAGUCUCCGCCUCUGAACACUCUACCUCCACCACCAAAGUCAAGCAACACAAUCUCUGUCGCUGAUACAUCCAAAGCUGCCUCCAACAUUGACGCUUCUCCGGUACCCUCGGCCUCGAGUUUAGCUCCAACCAUCCCGACUACAACUGAAGCUCCUCAAGCCGCCGAAGUUCCUGCAGACGCCAACAAGGACCUGCCGGCACAUAAAGAAAUCGCUCCUUCAGAUGCCCUUCCUGCAAAACCUAACGGACCAGCACCCGGCGCCGCAACCGCCGAUCCCGAUGUGCAAAUGACCGAUGUGGACCAGCAGCUUCAGAAGGAGAAUGGAAACGAGAAGCCAACGGAAAUUUCCAAUGGCACCGUUGUGGGAGAUGACAAACAGGCAACACCUGCGGCCGAGGUUUCUUCCGUGCCCAAGGUUGCGCCUUCUGGACCCGACGGCGAACCCGUUCCCAAGUCUGAACCUGGGGUGUCCUCUCAAGCACCAGAGGAGGCAGAUUUAGAGGACCAGUCAGAGACGAUUGUUGUGGAUGGUGAGACGGGCAAGGAGGCAGGUGCAGCAAAGCGUAACGCGCCUAGUACCAAUGGACCUUUCCAAUCGCCUGUUAUGACGACUCGGAGUGUUCAAGCUGCGGGUUCGAACGUCACCACGCCAACAAGACGCGGGAGUAGACGCAGCAGUGUUGUACGAAAGAGCGUCGACCGGGAUGGCGACAAUAAUCUUAAUAGUAAUGAGGGAAGAGCUGACAAGGAGAAUGAAGACAAGGAUGAGAAAGAUGUGAGAGAAGAAAAGGUUGAAAGAGAGACCAGACGAAGUAUUACGGGUCGAUUACUGAGACGAGGGAGGUGA